AUGAUAGACAAUCUUAAGGGUUAUUUUUACAUCUACUCAUAGCCUUAUACGAACAUUUAUCAGCACACCAAAGUAAUAAAUAUUAUUUCAAUUUACCAACUUUUUGAUAUGAUAAUCAAUAUCGUAGAUGUAAGUACUUAAAGUGUGGAUGGAACAAGAAUAAUGAUGAUAGCUAGAAUAAUUGUUCAAGCUGGAUUACUGUUAGUAUUUUGGCAUAUUUUUAAGUGUUUAAGAAAAAUAAGGAAUGGGUUUCUAAAUGUUGCUACAUUUAUAUAUUUUAUUUCACUUUUUAUAUGCUGGACUGAAACUGACUAUUAUUUAUUUAAUGAAAUAUAGAAACCUUAUACUAGUUAUACAGCUGAAAUAUACAUCCUGUUGUUGGCUUUGGUGAUAUUGCAGGAAUCUUAAAUAUGUUAAACAAUAUCUCUAUUAUUUUCGUUAUUCUACUCUCUUUUUCGAAUCUAGCUAUUCUAAAAUAAAAUUGAUAUUCUUUCUUCAAUUAGGAUAGUAUUAAUCCAUGUGGCUAUUCAAAUAUUUUUGUUAUAACUGCCGCAACAGAAGUAGAAAUUAAACAAUCAACUUGUAAUGUUGGGUCAGUAGUCAAAAAACUAUGUUCCUAUGCAAAGUAAUAGGCAUUCUCAACUGAAUUAAUAAUUGCGACUUUCUACCUACAUAAAUCAAUAAAAUUAUGAUGUCACCCAGAGAUUGAAGCAGUAACUUAAAGAAAACGAAGUUGCAGUAUCAGAAGAAAACAGAUUGGACACUGAGAGGUAGAACCUAGACUAAUUUUACGAGAAUGUCUUAAAUAAUAUACAAAUAGGCAUAUUCAUUCUGGACAACUUGCAGAGUGCAGUUAAAUCUAUCAAUCCUUACAUGUCCCAUCUGGUGUUGAAGGAUGAUCAAUUAAGUGAUGAGUUUUUGAAUUAUGAAAUGUUUGACUUUGGGAUUUCCUUUGAGGACAAUCUAACAGUGUUGCCUAAAUUCCACAGAAGCAAGGACAUCGGAAACUUUAUCAAAUUUAUGCAAACACUUGAGUAUGAAUUUUUCUUAUUAUUAUUGUGCUUAGAACAUAAAUUAUGA